AAGAAAGAGGAGUAAAGAAAGAAAGAAAGAAAGGCAAAUGAGAAAAGGGGGAGAUAAAGGUGGACUAAUUAACUUAUGACUUCUGAGGGAUGUGGAGAUUUUUGCUUAUGAAGAGAAGAAAUUUCUAUGUCAGAGUAAAUGCGACUCAAAAUGUAGAUACUGCAGGUUUCUGUAAAUUCCCCCCCUUCCCCCCCCCCACCCGAGAAUUUAUUACCCUGCACGUCAGCAUAGACAAAUCUCAAUGAUUUUGGAGAAAUCUGAGGGAUGCGUCUGAGGGAAAGAUGCAGAGCAGAGAAUUGUGACAUGCUGCCGACCCAAAUUGACAGAGACAAGGACAGAUUGGACUGCUCGGUGGCAGACACGUCUCCAACCAGACACAGGUAUUCUCUCGUCAAUAUUGAGAUCGGUCAAGAUAUUUAUCCAUUCUAACUCAAACUAUCUUAUUUAUUGUACUCUGAUCUUGUAUUUGUAAUAUAAUCCUCUUGGAUGUGUGAUAUUGGCUUUAUAAUGUUAAAUAGCUGUUUCGUUUGAAACCUGAUUCCAAUAUUUGCUGCCUCUUUGGUCUGUACUUAUUUUAUACUACAUUAUUUUAUUGCCAAAUCACCUGCAAUUUGCGUUGUCAGAAUACAAACUAACUGUCUAAUGUGCAAAGCAAUACCUUGUGUAUUUAGCAAACAAUCAGAUUGAUGUGGGGAUUAAUUAUUUACCCAAAAUGUAAGUAAUAUACCAAGAGACUGUCUCUGUAAAUUAUAACUCGCAGAUGAUCUGCAAACGGUUGUUUACAACUGUGUUAAGUGUGAUUUAGAUAUAUGCGUCAUUAAUGGUGUUCUUGAUUCAGAGCAACAGAUGAACUGAAAGCCAUACGACAAACUACUGAAGUGUAACAAGCCAUAACCAUCUUAGACCAUAAUAAUCCUCAGCGUUUUUAGUAUCGACAAGAAUCCUGUGCUUCUGCUGUCAGCGUGUCACUCAGACACUUUGAGGCUUGCCUUGCUGUGAGCAAUUCAAAAUGUGCAGGCUUUGUCUAAAAAGAAAGUACAUGGAGGAGGAGGAAAAGGAGACAGACAUCUUGACUGUGAGAGACUAAAAAAGAGCAUCAAGCCAACGAGAGACAACUGUGGCUGUCAACAGACAAAUAAGUGCUUCCUAAAUCAAAUAAUUAACUUAGUGGUUGUGCUGCUGUCACACAAAAAGAGACAAAGACAUGAGUGGAAGACCAGAAAGCCAAGCAGGUUAUUGAUUGUUACUAAAACUGCUCUACCUACCUGGACAACACAGACUCCACCUCGCAUCGGAGGGGGAAAACAGACAAUAACCUCCACUAAAAGGAGGGAGGGCGAUCGCCAGAUAGAGAAAGAGAGCAGGGGAGAAAUCCCCUCUCUCUCUCUCGGCCCAUCUCGUCGCCAUGCUGGCGGACUCUGCCGUGGCAUUCACCUUUGCGGCCUUCUGCUACAUGCUCACCUUGGUGCUGUGCGCUGCUCUCAUCUUUUUUGUCAUAUGGCAGAUCAUUGCAUUUGAUGAGCUUCGCACAGACUUCAAAAACCCCAUUGAUCAGAGCAAUCCCACCAGAGCGAGGGAAAGGAUUCUAAACAUUGAAAGAAUCUGCAACCUUCUCCGCAAAUUGGUGGUACCGGAGUACUCCAUCCACGGGCUCUUCUGCCUGAUGUUCAUGUGUGCUGGAGAGUGGGUCACACUUGGCCUAAAUAUCCCGUUGCUCUUCUACCAUCUGUGGAGGUUUCUUCAUCGGCCAGCUGACGGGUCAGAGGUCAUGUAUGAUCCCGUCAGCGUGAUGAACGCCGACAUUCUCAAUUACUGCCAGAAGGAGUCCUGGUGUAAGCUGGGUUUUUAUCUGCUCUCUUUCUUCUAUUAUCUCUACAGCAUGGUCUAUGCCUUGGUGAGCUUCUAACAGACAGGAUGUCAGGAAGAACAAAAAGAAGUAUGUGGAAUAAAUGGAGACAUCCACUUUUCCUCUCCUUAUGUAUCCUUCCCAUCACUGGCCUUGGUUUUCAACAACCUAAACCUGGACCAAACAAGAAGACCAAUCUGUGUGAUAAUGCAAAUGUAAAGGCCUCCAAUCAAUUAUAUCCCUUCGAACUUAGACUGCUGUUGGACAACUGGACACAGUUUUGAAGGAUUGAAACGAAACAGAAAGAGGACGCAGCAGGUGUGUUGCCUUUGAACCAUCAUACAAAUUAACAAUAUAUUUCUGAAGGGCUGGAGCUUUCCCAUACUGCGCUUGCUGAUCCAGUUGCUCAACUCACUGUGAAUGUCCAAACACUUAGGGACUGGAAAAUAACAAAAUGUGUCUGUAUUCUUUGACUUUGAGGAUUAUUGUGGUAUCAUUCAAUGUAUUUGGGAUGAUAGACACCUCGAAUAUCAAACCACUGCUUUGAUUGUGGUACAACUGGAAGAAACAGGUUAAAUUGUACAGGAGGACUUUACACUGUAAGAAAUGCAGAAGGCCUGGCAGGGGAAUAAGAGUUUGGUGUGUGCACUUUUAACCAGGAUAGAGAUAAAGCAUAGACCAACAAAACUUCUCCUUGACGCCAGCCUCUGCCAAAAGUCAAUUUCCAUACUGUAACAAAAACAAGGAAUUAACCAUAAGUUUGACUGCAAAGGUCAAUGCUUGUAAUGUGUUAUCAAAAUAAGUAUGUCCAUAGCUGUGAGGGCGUAUCUCCUACUAGGUUCCUGCUUUUCAAAGAGCAUCAUGCUCAGACAUUUAUGCCAAAAGUUUAUGUCUGGAAAAACAUUGUGCCAAAUUAAAUUAAAUAGGAUAAGUGAAAAGAAAAGUGACAAUGCAGUAUCUUCAUGUAUGGGCAAAGGCACUGUUGUGUCUUUUUCUUCACUUACUGUAACACAUUUCUUUUUGUUACAAUGCUUUUUUCUUGAUAAAAAUAGAAAGAAACUUAAUUCUGUUGAUUUUUAGUGUGCAGGGAGCGCCUUAUUCCUAUUUCCAGUUUACUCUUACUCAUCUGCAUCUAUACUAUAGUCAUUUUAGCACAGAAACCUUUUCUCUAAUCCGAGGUAGAAUAUAGAAAUUUCAUGUACAAAAGCAAUUAAAAACAGCAAACUAUCAAUGUGAUAUGAUAUUCAGUGUAUGUAUUAGUGAGUGGGACACAAGAGGCAGAUGAUACAAUAAUAACUCUAUGACAACGUUUCCGUUAUUUCAGAAGUGUAAAAAUAUGAAAGUCAUCUUAACACAUCUACUAUCAUACAGUUUCAGAAGGGACAGGCGUAAGAUGUUGCUGAUGACCAAAAUCUGUAACAGCGAAGCCUGUCCUGAGCUGGAGCUGCCUUUACUAUCAUGUGUUCAUCAGUUUGAUCUAUUAGUAGAUAAGUGAUGGUUCAAAUGUGUGAUUUUAAUCAAUAGAAAAACAAACAAAGAGAACAAACUGUGAUGUUCGUCAUACACCGGCUUUACAUGUAAUAAAUGGGAGUAAUGACACAUCUGGUAUAUAAGCUGUGGGACUCACUUAGGAUAAAAAGGUCUUAUUGAAGCUUACUGAAGUAGUUUCGAAUUAUUUCAAAAGACUUCCAACUAAAACACAAAGAUAUGACACUAGUUGCGUCAGUGAUAUUAAGUAUUUUUUUAUUCUUCAACAGGCAAAACUUAAAUAGAGAACACAGAAUAUUCAAGAUUAUUGCUAAUACUACACAAAUAAUUUAGCUGUACAUUUUGAGUCUGUUAGCACGGGCGUCGGACUGGGAGGGGGGGGGGGCUAGAAGAAGCUAGAAUAGAUUUCUAAUUUCUACAGGGCCCAGAAUAAUAUGCUACGUCCCUAUAUGUCAAUAAUAUUAAUAACAUAUUAAUGAGCUUUAACUACGUUUCAAUAGAAAGCAACUAUGGAUAACAACAUGAAUCAAAUAGCAACAGGCUGACAUUCUAUUUUUAGUUAGUAUCAAUAAAUCCCAUGAAAUGACUAAAACCAACAAUGUGUUCCUAUUCUGGACUUCCCUAUUCUGUCUGUGGCACUCAGCUCCAAUCUGCUUCUACUACAGCUUAAAAAAACGAUUACAAGUUUACUGUGUAAUCGUAAAAGUUAACUCAUUUCCUCAAACAGCUGGGAACUGUACUUUUUUUUCAGGAAAUGUCACUCUCAGAAGACUAAAUAGAGUGUUUCUUUGGGACUAUUUUCAGCCGGGGAUUGAUACAUGUUUCUGCAAUCAUGAGAAUUUACAGCUGCAGGACGGUGUUUGUUAUAGAAUAUAGAUUAUAGAAUACCACAAGUAUUAUCUUUUAAACAAGAGUUUUAUUCCCAAUCAAAAUAAUGUUCAAAAUUCAUCUGUAGUGACUGAUUCAUACAGUACAUUACAUGUGUAAAGUACACCAAUAAAAA